AUGUUGAAGUCUACGCAUAAAUCAUCGGCACCGUCACUGGCAGAAGGCUGGACUGAACAUAAAGCUCCGACGGGACAUUCCUACUACUACAAUGCUGCCACAAAGCAGUCCACAUACACUCGCCCCGUAGCAGCUCCUGCACCUGUUGCGCCGACUCCUCCUGCGCCUGCGAAUCCUUCUGAAAGCUUCUUACAAUACCAGAGUGUUGGAGGUCAACCAAGUGCUGGACCGACUUUCAACAAUGUACCACCGCAGGGACAAUUUCAAGGAGGAAGAGGUGGUUUCGGUCAGAGGGGAGGCAGAGGGGGUCAUGGCUCGAGAGAUUCAAGAGCCCAGCCGACAGAUAAACCGAAAUCGAGACAUCCAAUCCCCGGGCAUGAGCCAUGGGUGCUGGUACAUACCAAGUUGGGCCGACGGUUCGUUUACAACACUGCGAAAGACCAGAGCUUUUGGCGCAUACCAGACAAGUUAAAGGACGGUAUUUUGGCGCUCGACCAGCAGAGGAUUCGGGAAAAAGCAGAAGCCUGGGCCAAGGCAAAGGAACCCGCGGACUCUGGUGAAGCCCCCGGGGCAGCUGGUAGGCCAGAAACUGUAAAAGAAGCAAUUGUGGAGGGUGAUGAAGGGGACGAUAGUUCUGAGUAUGAGGAGGUCGAGGUCACGGAUGACGAGGAUGAAGACGGAGAUAAUCCAAGCAAACGCCAACGAACCGAAGAGCCAGGUCCUGAGGAGCCUGUGGAGUUCAAUGAGGACGACAUUGCAUUUCAACUUGCUGCAAUGGGGCAGGAAUAUGGUCUGGAUCCGGGCGAAUAUGGUGACGAGAAUAUGGAAGAUUGGGAGGAAGGAGCAGAAGGUGUCGAGAUUACCCAUGAGGACUCUGCAGCUCUAUUCAAAGAUUUAUUGAAUGAUUUUGGGAUCAAUCCAUAUAGCCCCUGGGAGAAACUCGUUGAGGAAGGCAAGCUUGUCGAUGAUCUGAGAUAUACGGCACUUACGAGCAUGAAGUCAAGAAAGGAGGUAUGGGAAGAGUGGACUCGCGAGAAGAUAAAGGUUCUCAGGGAGCUACGAGCAAAAGAGGAGAAAAAGGACCCUCGAAUGCCAUACCUUGCAUUUUUACAAAAACACGCCAAUCCCAAAUUAUACUGGCCAGAAUUCAGGCGGAAAUACAAGAAAGAAGUAGAGAUGCGGGAUACAGCGUUGGCUGAUAAAGAUCGAGAGAAGUUCUACAGAGAUCAUAUCAACCGGUUAAAACUUCCUCAGUCAACUUUAAAGUCGGACUUGUUAGCACUCAUGAAAGCUCAGCCUCCAUCCGCGUUAAACAAUGCGACAUUAAGCACCCACCUUCCUGCUGCGAUUCUGGCAGACAUCAGAUACAUAUCUCUCGAUCCCUCAAUACGAGAUCCUUUGGUAGAAGGAUACAUUUCAACUCUUCCUCCACCUCCAGAGUCAAAUGAGGGCGAAGAAACCGAGGAAAUGGCCAAGGAAAGGAAAGAUCGCGAGAGGAGGCAGAAAGCGCUAGAAGACCGUGAACAGAGGGUGGCAGAGGAAAAGCGUCGACAAAAGAGGAAUCUCGAGUUCGGCAAAGGCAGGUUGCGGGAGGAGGAAGAGGAGCUUGCUAAGGCAAUGAAUGUCACCAAGAAGGGAUUGCAAGGUCAUCUCAUGGACAUCGACGAGCAGCCUGCCUCAUAA